CGCGUGGCAGCGCGAUAUUAUCAGCUGUCCUAACCACCAGGUGGCAACUCUUGAGGCCAACACAAAUGAUUUGUUUUAUUUAGCGGCUUUUUUUAUGUUUAUUGUCUAAGCAUUGCCUCGCCAUGAAAAUUUUGUGCGAGGUUCAGGUGGUUAAUCGCAGCACCCAGGCCAACAAGACGCCGCGUGCCGUGAAAUCCACACUGGCCAUUGGCUACAAGCAGAGCGCCAGGGACGCGAAUGGGAACACCAAGAAGGAGCUGGAAAUGGUGCUCUUCAGUGGACAAAACAAGACUGGGAAUCGCUACAAGGUCAAGGAUAACAUUCACGCCGUGCACACCAAGUUUGUGCUGGAUGGGAAGGCCACCGUUGGCUUCCUACAGCCGCCAGAUAACCUGCUGAUCAAGUGCGAUCCCAUUCAGCUGAAGGGAUUCCUGCAGACCCUCAAGCUGGGCAUGGAUGGCAAGGACGCCAUCAAUCUGAGACUGAACAUCGCCGCCGCCACGGCAAUUCCGCAGAAGGCACAGCCCCAGGUGCGCAUGGUAAUCAGCAAGCGCAGCGAGUAUCCCAUCAAGGGAUUUCCGCGCACUCUCAAGUCGCUGACCAUCAACAACAGCCAGCUGGUGAAGCUGAGCUUCGAGAUAUGCACCCUGCGCAACCUCACAAAGCUGGAUAUCAGCGGUAACAAGCUGACCAAGAUUCCCUCGGAGCUGGGUCGCCUUGCCCUGACCUCGCUGCACCUGGGCAACAACUUACUGGGUGAGAAGAAUGAUUGGUGCUGGCUGCGGGGCACUAAGCUGAGUCAGUCGCUCGGCGAGCUGGAUCUCUCGGGCAACGGGCUGACCUAUUUUCCUCCUCCGCUGGUUAAAUUCGAAGCCCUAGUAUCGCUAAACCUCAACAACAACCUGCUGAGUCGGCUGCCCUUUGCCAUUCGUCGGUUACAAGCACUGCGAAAACUAUAUGUGUGCAGCAACAAACUGGAGUCCCUGCCUUCUGCCGUCGAGGAUCUACGGAUCGACCUGUUGGAUGUGUGGGGCAACUGCUUCAAGGAAUUCAAUGCGGAUGCUGCGCAGCAGAUGUCUCAGCAAAAGGUGGCAUCCAACUCGCCGCAACCUCUGUGGCUUCUGGCAGCCCGGGCUGUGGAUAAACAUAAGCUGCCUUUGCCGGUGGGCUCUGUGCCCGCAGUGCUCAUCGACCUGAUUUGUGAGGCUCCCAGGUGCCCGUGUGGCGAGCUCUGCUACGCCCAGCGCAAGGAGGACCUCUUCCAGCGGGUUGUUCAGCCGAAAUUCACCUCCAUCAAGAACCUUACAUAUAGUCGCGAGCAUCAGAUCUACGCGGAUGUAGUUCUCUGCGGCUCUAGUUGCAGUGUAUCCGUUCCGCUGAAAGAACUCUUCAGAAUAAUCUUUUCUUGAUUGGGCCAGAUGUGAGCUGGUGCAUAUUUGUAGCUAUUAGUUAAAGAUUUAUAAAAAGUAUUGGCAUACCACAUCAUUGAUCGAUUACAGUUUAUACGUAUUUUUAAAUACUUAAUCUUAUUUUGAUUUAUAUUACUCAGUUGUGUUUUCAUUCACCCUAUGCAUUCAUUUUGUUAAACUUGUACUACCAAUAAAGUCGAAUUUACGAUUGUAAAA